GAAGCAAAGUUGCAGCAAAGAAGACCAACCCGAAGUAAGGUAUCUCAGAGAGAGAGAGAGAGAGAGAGAGAGAGAGAUUGUUUUCCUUUCCAAGGAAGAACAAACACCAAGAGCUAAAAGCACCAGUAUAAGCUCUUGGUCUGAUUCAUAGUUCUUCUCAUAAACAAUCUUGUCCCCUCUUCUUCUCUCCUUUCCUUCUUUUCUUUUAUGAUCGUCGAGGGUGUAGCUGCAAAGGAGCACCAUGGGAGGCACCUUAGAUUUCCUCUCCAGCUUGCUCGGCGGCGGCCACAGGUACAACAAGAGGAAGCAGUUUCAGACUGUGGAGCUCAGGGUCAGGAUGGACUGCGAGGGCUGCGAGCUAAAAGUUAGGAAUGCACUUUCUACCAUGAAAGGGGUUCGAUCGGUGGACAUCAGCAGAAAGCAGUACAAGGUGACUGUGACAGGCUACGUGGAGCCACACAAGGUGGUGAAGAGGGUCAAGUCCACGGGGAAGAAGGCUGAGAUCUGGCCUUAUGUUCCUUAUAACGUCGUUGCUCGCCCGUAUGCUGCUCAAACCUACGACAAGAAGGCACCUGCGGGGUACGUAAGGAACGUGGAGGCGAUCAGAGUCUCCAGCCAAGUCGUCAAACCGGAGGACGAGCUUGCCGCCUUGUUCAGUGAUGACAACCCAAAUGCCUGCUCCAUUAUGUGACUCUACCAGUCUCAACUCUGCUUUACGGAAGAGUUACUGCAGUGUAAGGAAUUCACAUAAUAGAUCAUAUUUAUGUAGCA